AUGGUCAAGCCACAGCACCGCACGAGGUCAUCUCUGACAGAGAAGGCCAACAUCAACAAAGGGAUCAUCGUGGCACAUCAUCUCAACCUGCACACUGAAGACUUGGUCCAGGUCGCCAACACGGCCGUCGCAAUCCGCCAGGAGAUCCGAGUCCUGACGGACCCACACAUUCGCAGCUUGAUCACUUAUUUGAGGCUGCAGCAUGACUGGGAAGCAAUGAACAUCAAAUGCUUUCACCUCUCCGUCACCAGCCUUCGGCAUUUGAAUGUGUAUAGCUUCAAUUCCGGCGAAGAUACGUCAGAAAGGGCAGCCACGGCGUCAACGGCUGGUCCCUCGACAGCUGAAGUUUCGUCCACUCUCCCCACGACAGAGACCGAGACAGAGAGAACCGCACGAGUGGAACCAAUAACCAAGCCAUCAGACGCAAUUACUCAAGAGGGAGCAACAACCGUUGAGCAGCUAGCGGCAGAGCUGGCUAAGUUAGUCAGCCUGGUCGAUUCCGUAAAUCUUCCCCCCGUCUAUACCUACUCUCUUUUCAUCUACCAUGAGCCUUAUGGAUUGGGCCGACGCAGUGCCACUCGCGCCACUCCAGGCUUUAAUCGUGCUCUUGCAGUGGGCGUGAUGGAUUCCGAGCGCAUGGGCGCUGUCCUCUCGAAGAUCAAGCCCUUGGAGAUGUUGGGUUUGCGAGACGUUUACCGGUCACUCUUCGAUAGGGACUUAAUGGACGAUGUGAGAGAUAAUAAGGUUGGGUUGGUGGUCAGGCAGGAUCCUGAAGAGGAAAUCCGGACGAUAAACCACGACUUCAUGGGUGCACGUUAUGAGCUUCCGUCAGAUAGAGCAGUAACCAUUCUGAAAGCUGUGGGCGUGCCUACACAGGAGCAGUUGGACACACUGUCGCCAUCGGUGGCAGCUACUGGUAGUGUUACGUCGAGCGGGAUGACCGGCAAUGAUGAACUUUCCGGAAGAGCCUUUCACUGA